CAUUGGUGGGUUUGAACGUAGAAUGAAAACGGACAAGUGGGCAUUGGCAAAGAGUAUGGGGAGGAUUACAAGGAUUGGGGGUUUCGCAAUUUCUAGAAAAGAAAACCAGCAACAACCUUUAAUUACCUGCACCACUUUCAACAUACUUGCCCCCAUCUACAAACGCAUCAAUCAUGAGGACCCGAGUUGCCGCGAAAGUGAUUACAGAACGUAUUGGUUGGCCAGGAACCACAGCAUAUUGGAUUGGCUCUUGUCUGAAAAGUCUUCCAUUAUCUGUCUUCAGGAGUUUUGGGUUGGAAACGAAGAGCUUGUUAACUUGUAUGAGAAUAGACUUGGAGAUGCUGGUUAUGUUAGUUUCAAGCUUGGGAGGACCAACAACCGUGGUGAUGGUCUUCUGAUAGCAGUGCAAAAGGAAUUAUUUAAUAUUCUUAAUUAUAAGGAGUUACACUUCAAUGAUUGUGGUGAUCGUGUAGCUCAGUUGUUACAUGUUGAGCUGGCUCUUCCAUGUUCACAGUGGAAAAACAGUGAUGUUAGGCAGGAAAUUCUGAUUGUAAACACUCACCUACUAUUUCCUCAUGAUUCAACCCUGUCCCUUGUAAGACUAAAUCAGGUCUAUAAGAUACUUCAAUAUGUAGAAUCCUAUCAGAGAGAUUUCCACCUCAAGCCCAUGCCAAUCAUGUUAUGCGGUGAUUGGAAUGGAAGCAAACGUGGACAUGUUUACAAGUUCCUUAGGUCGCAAGGGUUUGUAUCAUCUUAUGAUACGGCACAUCAUUAUACUGAUGCAGAUGCGGACAAGUGGGUUAGCCACCGAAAUCAUCGUGGAAAUAUAUGUGCUGUUGAUUUUAUUUGGCUUCUAAAUCCUGACAAAUAUCGAAAACUACUAAAAGCAAGUUGGACUGAAGCAGUGUUUGGCAUGUUCAAGUAUCUGCUGCGUAGAGCUUCACUGACCGAGAAUGAUGCAUUUGCCUUACUAAAGGGUGAAAAUGAAGAUUGUAUUACCUUCUCUGCUUUCCGUGAAGCACUUCGAGAGCUUAAUUUGAUUGGCCAUUGCCAUGGGCUAAGUGAAGAAGAGAUAAAGGAAUUAUGGGUCCAAGCAGAUGUAGAUGGAAAUGGGGUUCUUGAUUACAAACAAUUUCUGCAGAAUAUCUGGAGUUCAACAAAUUUAGACGAGAAAGAUGAGGAGCAGGUCAACAACACAAAUGAUGCUCAGGAGCAAUCAAUUGGUUUCAGUGUUAAGAACGCAGUUCUGUCCCCUCCGGAGGUGGAGAAAGGUAGAUGGCCUGAAGAUUAUUCUCUCUCUGAUCACGCACGACUCACCGUAGAGUUCUCACCAAUAAAAAUGCUAUGCUCCCAGUUGAUUUGCUAAUAAAACUUGGAGGCAUUGUGUAGCUUAGGUUUUAGAAUUAAGACUUGUGUACAUAGAUAACAAGGUAAUUGAAUGGGUGAAAGGAGUAAAAUGGAUCAGAAAGGUUACUGGAGUUCCCAUUAUGGGAAGACUUUAAACAGCCCUGUGAUCUCUCGGUCUCUCACACUCUUGCAACGCAUAGACAGCACAAGCAAAAACUCAAAGUGGACAAAUUUGAAGUUACAUCACUCUAGUAUGCUCAUACAUAUCCGUUGAAUUGCUGAUUUUGAUAUUUGAAGUAAGCGACAUUCAUCCUCCCCAUGUUGUUUUAUUCAUUUAUUCUUCAUUGUUCAAAGAAUGGACAACAGGGUAGAAAUGAUAGAAAAGGGAAAAAAAGAAAAAAAAAAGAAAAGAAAAACAAUUGAUGUAUAUAGUUGUGUAUACUGUAUAGGAGUUAGGCAUCAGCCUUUUUGUAGCUUUGGUGAGAUGCACCGUCUAGCUAUUGAAACAGAGGAGGGUUCAGACACAAUUGUAUACAGUGACAUAUUUCACUCUCUCUGUAGAGUUUUGAAAUGUUCAAAUUGUACAAAAAAUGAUAAACUUUAGAGUUUCUCUCUA